CUGUAAGAUGUGAAGACACUUCCAACAAUGCAUCUUCGUCCAUUUUACCUCACGUUUAAACCGCUCCCACACGAUGUGGCGAAUGCCUUACAACGUUGGACACAUGGCCAUUCGCCACUUCGUGUGGGAGAGCGCCAAUGAACUGUCAACACUGAUGGAACAGGCGUAACGCCAAUUUAUUGCGGCUAGAAUCUAGAAUGAGAAACGAGAAGGAUAACGCUAUUCAGGGCUAAACAUCGUGGUCCAUUGUGGUAUUUCCAUAUAUGUUCUAAGGAUUUUUGGUGAAUGUUUGUUUUUAGUGACGUUAAAGAUUAAUAGUGAUAGUUUGCGACAAUUAUUAUAAACAUUUUUAUGCCGGGCAGCCUUCAAGAGCUGUUGUUUUAUGUGAUAUUUGUUUAAAAAUGGUUGAAUCUUGCAGUGCGGUGAAUUGUUGCAAUAGCCCCAGAAAAGUUGUGAAAAUGAAGUUUCACAGGAUACCUACAGAUCCUAACAUGAGGAAGUUGUGGUUACAUGCUAUAAGAAGAGAAAACUUUACUCCCAGUACAACAAGGGUAAUUUGUGAAAAGCAUUUCACUCCAGAGGAUUAUGAAGUUAGUGUUCAUGGAAAUAAGGUACUAAAAAAGGUGACAGGUCCAUAUGUGUUUGAUUUUCCAGCCCAUCUCAAGAAAGAACCUAGCCAUCGAAGGGUUUUGAAAAGAAAACAUGAAUCCAACUCAAAAGCAACAGAACAAACUUUGGCUAUUUGUGAAGUAGUAGAAGAACCUGAAAGUGGCGAUCAUGCUGAUGAUGGAAAUAUAUUGGCAGCUGGCCCUUCAAACGUAACACAAACUAGGAUUUUUAGAAUCAAGUGAACCUUCCAACAUAUGCAAUUUAAGGGUCAGAAGAUCACCAGUAUACUUUGGGGAUUUCAAAAUUUCUGAUUUAAAUAAUGUGCAGCGUCGGAAGAGAUUUUGGAAAACUGCUCAUGAAACUGUUCAUAAGUACAAAAAAAUUAACAAGGACAAUCAGUGUAAAAUUCGUAGACAAAGAAAUAAAAUAAAAAGUCUGAAUAGUCUGGUAGAUGAACUACUUAAGGAAAAGAGAAUAUCUGCAGCUCAGUCAAUAGUAUUGAAGGUAGACAUUUGAUGAACAGAUACUUUGCUGCUACAAUUGUUACCUUCUUGUAGUUUAUUUUCAUUUGUAAAAUUUUCAUUUCAAUUGUUGAACUCUGUUGAAUAUCUAUUGAUUACUAGCUAGAGUGAUCAUUUUACCAUCACAGUAUUUAGGUUUUACAUUUAGUGCAUGAAAUUUUUAGCUUAAAAUUAUGAUGCAUGCAUACAUUUUGUUUUUACAGGAAAGUCUCCCAGAAACCAAAAAGCAACUGCUUUUCAGGCAGUUGAAAAAAGGAAAAUCUAACAAGUAUAGCCCAGAAUUAAGGUGUUUUGCACUAACAUUGAAUUUUUAUUCAUCAUCAGCAUACAACUAUGUUAGAAAAAUAUUUGGAAAAAGUGUUCUACCAC